AUGCACAGCAUCAGUGCACUUCUCAGCUUGCUUGGGAGCCUCGCGCUCUCCAGCGCUGCUCCGUCACAGAACAUCACUAGCGACACUUACUUCUAUGGACAGUCUCCCGCAGUCUAUCCGUCUCCCGAGGGAACGGGUACUGGGUCAUGGGCUUCCGCCUAUGAAAAGGCUAAGGCCUUCGUCGCUCAAUUGACGGACGACGAAAAGGUCAACCUCACGGCAGGAGUAAGCUCCAAGACUGGCUGCUCGGGCUUUAUUGCUGAGAUCCCGCGCCUCAACUUUCCCGGUCUUUGUGUCAGCGAUGCAAGCAAUGGCCUGCGGGGAACAGACUAUGUCAACGGUUGGUCUAGCGGUAUUCACGUCGGUGCCAGUUGGAAUCGAACCCUUGCCCGAGACAGGGCCAAGUACAUGGGCCAAGAGUUUCACCGGAAAGGAGUGAACCUUCUUCUCGGUCCUGUUGUUGGCCCUCUUGGUCGGGUGGCAGAGGGCGGCCGCAACUGGGAAGGGUUCUCGAAUGACCCCUACCUCACCGGAGCACUUGUAUACGAAACAGUGCAGGGAGUACAGUCCUCUGGUGUUGGUGUCUCAACGAAGCAUUACAUCGGCAACGAGCAAGAGACAAACCGAAACCCGGGAACGGUUAAUGGUGUUGACGUGGCUGCCGUCUCGUCUAACAUCGAUGACAAGACAAUCCACGAGCUCUACUUGUGGCCUUUCCAGGAUGCCGUCCUGGCGGGAAGUGUUGCCAUUAUGUGCUCAUAUGAGCGGAUCAACAACUCUUACGCUUGCCAGAACAGCAAGACACUUAACGGACUACUGAAGACAGAGUUGGGUUUCCAAGGUUACGUGAUUACCGACUGGGGAGCCCAGCAUGGUGGAAUCGCCUCGGCCAAUGCCGGUUUGGACAUGGUAAUGCCUGAAACGACGCUCUGGGGGUCCAACCUCACCACCGCUAUAUCCAAUGGCACGAUGGAGGCAUCAAGACUGGACGAUAUGGCGACUAGGAUUAUCGCAACGUGGUAUCAGUUGAACCAAGACACGGACUUUCCCACCCCUGGCGUUGGUAUGCCAGCAAGCGCCCAGUCGGAGCACCAGGCUGUUGUUGGAACGGAUCCCGACGAGAAGAGCACGCUUUUGGAGAGCGCAAUUGAGGGGCACGUCUUGGUGAAGAAUACCAAUAAUGCUCUCCCUCUUCAAACACCCCAGCUAGUGUCUGUCUUUGGUUAUGAUGCCAAGGUCAUUGAUUCUUUUGACCUUGAUUCUACCAUUUUGAGUAUCAGUCCUCUCUUCCAAAAUUACACUCUCUGGGUGGGCGGUGGCUCAGGAUCGAACUCACCGGCAUAUGUCAUUGCGCCACUCAAUGCCAUUCAACAGCAGGCCUACGAAGACGGCACAUCCGUGCUGUGGGACGUCAGUGCUCAAGAUCCAGAGGUGGAUCCCACUUCUGAGGCAUGCCUCGUCUUCAUCAACAGCUAUGCCACGGAAGGGUAUGACCGCUCCGCAUUGACGGACGACUACAGCGACACCCUGGUCACAAAUGUGGCAAACAAGUGUAACAACACCAUUGUCGUCGUCCACAACGCUGGCAUUCGCUUGGUGUACAAUUGGAUUGAUCAUGAGAAUGUCACUGCCGUCGUCCUGGCACACCUGCCAGGUCAGGACACCGGACAUGCCUUGGUAGAUAUUCUCUACGGGCGGGCCAACCCCUCGGGCAAGCUUCCAUACACCAUCGCCAAGCAAGCCUCGGAUUAUGGCUCCUUGCUGCAUCCAUCGGAACCACAGACGCCUUAUGGCCUAUUCCCCCAGUCAGACUUCUCCGAGGGAGUUUAUAUCGACUACCGGGCAUUUGACAAGGAUAACAUCACCCCGCAAUUUGAGUUCGGAUUUGGCCUUUCGUACACCACCUUUGAUUAUUCGGGGCUGAGCAUCGAAAAGACCAACGAGACGACCUCCGAGUAUCCACCGUCGGCCACUAUUCAAGAAGGAGGAAACCCUCGACUGUGGGAUAAGUUGGUCACAGUGACGGCCGAGGUGCAGAACAGUGGAUCGGUUGACGGGGCGGAGGUGGCCCAGCUGUAUGUGGGGAUACCCAAUGGGCCGGUCCGUCAGCUGCGUGGGUUCGACAAGGUGCUUCUCUCCGCGGGCGAGACAGCCCAGGUGAGCUUCUCGCUGAAUCGGCGCGACUUGAGCACUUGGAACGUGGAAGCGCAGCAGUGGCAGCUGCAGUCGGGCACGUAUCAAGUGUACGUGGGACGGUCGAGCCGCGAUUUGCCAUUGACGGGGGAGUUCUCUAUCUAA